AAGAAAGUAAAGAAGGAGAAAGAGAAGAAUGAGAAACAGAACAAAAACAAAAACGGUAAAACUACAAAAGUGAAAUAUGCAAGAGCUCAAGCAACGUUUUGGGCGACGCCAACUGGCGGAUGACCUGAAGCAGAAACAGGUAAUACAGGAUCGGCUGCUGCAGAAGAUUCUGUACUCCAAGCGCCUGCUUGUGGACCAUGUGGAGGCACUGGAGCAAUGUGUUCAGGAGCUGCAGGCUUCUUCGCACCCCUGCCGGCAAAUCCUCACCACGAGGAAUGCCUGUCUGAUAUUGGGGGGCACUCUGCUGGAGCACCUGAUAACCCCCAGGAGCAUUCGCUAUACGAUGGUUCCAUCCAUCCUCAUUACCGGCACCUUUGCUACGCUGUGCGCCGUUAAAAGCGUCUUUGUCUGCCGCAACAAAAUGGUGGAGCGCAAGCUGGAGCAACUGGUCAAAACCAUCGAUGAAUUUGGUAACUGCAUCCGUCGAAAUAUGACAUACUUUCAGGAGAUUAUCAUCAUGAAGCAGGCCGAACUGAUAGAAUCCCGUCAGAUUGAGCGUGCCUGGGAUUGCAUUACGUCCGCCAAGGAGGUAACCGAGAUCCUGUAUGAUGCCACCCGCAAACUGGAGACGGACUAUCCCCUGCCGGCAAAAUAUGGCGCCUACUAUGCGGCCAUGGAGGAACUACGAGAGUGCGAGUACUUCAAGAACAAUGUCACGGACUACAGUCCCAAACACAUAAAGGAUUUUCACAAUAUCUUCGCCUAUGUGCAGUCACAAUACCUGCUCCGGCUGGCCCUCACCAUCACCACUCGCCCGUCGCUCUCCCAGCUGAGCGAUGAUCUCGUGAAGAUCGACUGCCUGGUGCGGCAGCUGGUGCAGGAGGAGGAGCAGCACUUCAGCAAUCUGGCGUUGGCCAUGCAGAACAGGAAGCAGUUGGAACUGGUCGAGCUAAACGCCACCAAAGCGGAGCAGCAGCGGAGUGGACCCAUCGCUGUGCUGCAGCACUCCUCGCUGAAACUGAGCGCCUGCAUGGUGGCCGUAGCCGGAGAGUGCCAAGCUCUGGACGUGACCCUUCAGCAGCUGACGGCCACGGAGGCGGCAAACAGGAACAACUCCAAGGAGCUGGUGGCAGUGGCCAACAAUAUGCAUGGCAUCGAGAAUGCUUUGGCCGUUUGUUGUGAUGAUUUCCAGCGAUUGAUGCUCGUGUACAACAAGUUUCUGCACAGCCAGCUGGACUUGGAGGGGGAGUCACCCAAACCCAAGCAAGAUCUGGAUGAUGAGUUUCCCGAGAGCAUUCUGAGGGUUGAGUUCUCACAGAACGUGGAUGCACCGCAGCAGAAGGAUGACUUCUAUGCCUAUAUGUAUGACGAAAACGAGGAGCAUCAGUUUGAAGCAGAGCAGCAUGCUCCGUUUCCCUCACCGGAAAAGGAAUUGCUUAACUUCGAGAAGCGCAUUACCAAGGGCAAGUUUAAGCCUGUCCUCAAGCAGCUCAAGGAUCGCAUCGAUCCCAUUCGGCAGGUGAUGCUGGAGAAGGAGCGGGAGGUCCUGGCCUCCAAGGGCAUAAAUGUAGAUGAGCUCUUUGGCAAAAUUGAAAAUAUUGAGCAGCAGCAGGAGGACAAUCGACUUGUGGAUGCAAAGCACUCUCCCAACGAUUCCUCCUCCAACUCGGAUUCGGAUUUGGACUCUGACGAUGAGGAGGCCUUCAGGCAGCGCAGCAAACAGCACAAGGAGCGUGACAACUUUGCCGAAAUGCGCCAAUUUCUAGCCCAGAAGCAGGCCAUAAAUCUGUUUAAGUUACCGCCACCACCUGUGGCCGCCGCUGAAGAAGAGCUGCUCGAAAGUGAAUGCUAGAAGGAUUGGCUUCUCUUUUCAUUGGUCACGUUGGCCUGUUAUCUCCUUUGCUCUGUGUAUUAUCUGUUUAAGCUUUUAUCAUUUAUCCAACCAACUGGGGAGAUAAACUGCUCGCCAAGCGACGCCCCUUCACGCUGAAA